AUGAAUAUCCUGGAAUGGGCGUUCGGCAAGCGCAUGACGCCAGCCGAGCGUCUGCGCAAGAAUCAAAGGCUCCUCGACAAGGCAAUCCGGGAGUUGGAUCAACAGCGCGUUAAGCUCGAGAAGCAGGAGAAGACGCUCAUAGCCCAAAUCCGCCAGAGCGCGCAAAAAGGCCAAAUGGGGGCUUGCAAAGUGCAGGCCAAGGACCUGGUGCGCACCAGGAGGUACAUUGAGAAAUUCUACGGAAUGAGGAGUCAACUACAGAAGGUCUCCCUCCGGCUCCAGGACCUCUACUUCCAGACGUACCGUACGAACGAGCAAAUGAUGCAAGCAAUGAAGGGUGCCACAAUGGCACUCGGCAGCAUGAACCGGACGAUGAACCUUCCUUCCCUCCAGCGCAUUGCUAUGGAAUUCGAGCGCGAGAACGACAUCAUGGAGCAGCGACAGGAGAUGAUGGACGAUGCGAUCGACGAUGCCAUGGAUGUUGGACUUGAGGAAGAGGGUGACGAGGUGGUGGAGCAAGUUUUGGAGGAGAUCGGGGUCGAUCUAAGCCAAGCGCUUGGCGAGACUCCAUCGGGAUUACAGUCGAAUGCGGUGGCAGAGACGAAGGUCGCCCAAGCGGUUGGCGGUGGCGGUGGCGCAGAUCCUGGCGACGACGACCUCCAGGCACGACUCGACAGCCUCAGACGAUGA